GGGUCAAGAUUCUUCUUUGACUGUUUUGACACGGAACUUCUCUCAAAAAAGGAAAAUAUUUUUAUGUUACUCUACUUUCUCCUUUUUCACUAUUUUGCCUUUCCUUCUGUCUUUUCCACACCGCCUCCGUAACGCAACCUCUUUCUCUAAAGCCACUCUCUACGGCCCGCAACGCGCUGUUUUGCCGCACGCUUACUUUUUCUUUCUUUCCCUGACCUGUAGAUUCUCUCAGCGCACUUCCACUUCCCUGCAAAGCCUGUCAGGGUUCAACUCUUUCUCCAUCACUUCUAUUGUUUUCUUGACGUCUUCUUGUUUCUCACCGUCACCACUGUUAAACCCAAUAAAUACUUUCCCUUCGUUUUCACGUUCCACCAUGUCCUCCGUUCUCCUUGUUGAGCCCAUCACCUUUGGGCCUAACCCGAAGACAAAAGACAACGCACUCAUCCAAUCCAUGACCGUCAGCAACGCCAUGGCGGAUAUGGACCGCUCCCGCGUCUGCGCCCUCGUCUCGGAUCUCAGCGAGUUCUUCGAAAGUCAGUGCGGCAUCCACGCGGUGGUGAUUCGCCAGGCAAGUGAGCCGAAGCUGCAUAUCCGCCCGCUGAUAGAUAAGGGCCAGAGCGUGUGCGUGGCGGACAACCUUUCAUUCCACAACUUCGUGGACGCCGAGGGCGUCAUCCAGCGCCGCGUCGUCGUCUUUCAUCCCAUGAGUCCGCUGCGUCGCGGCGAGCUGGCGCGGAAGCAGCUGGUCGACCAGAUCACAAGCGUCGCCGAAGCCGGGGCUGCGGUGGAGGUGAUCGACCUGCGCGGGUACGAGGCGGAGGACAAGUUUCUGGAAGGCUCCGGCUCCCUCGUGUUCUCUCCCGGUUGUCGCUACGUGUACAUGGCCGUGUCGCAGCGCAGCGACCCCGAGGUGCUGGACACGCUCUGCAGCCGCGAGAACUUGAACAUCCCUGCGUCUAACCGAUUUCUCCUGCGCUCGAAGGACGGGCUGCCGCACACCAAUGUGCUCGGCUGGUGCGGCCAUGGGAUCUGUGCGUGGUGCUUCAACAACCUGGUCUUUGAAACGGAGGACGCAGAGACGGCCUUCUACGAUCACCUCUCCCAGUCCUAUUCGUGUGUGAUGGAGCUGAGCGAGGGGGAGAUGCACGGCUUUGCCGGAAGCGCUGUCGAGGUGUUCAUGCGGCCGUCCGGCGUGAACGACGGCUCCGCCCACAACGCGCUCGUUAUUUCCGAGUCCGCAUUGGCGGCGCUGUCGCCCAAAAACCGUACCCUGCUCAACGACUGGUACGAUGUGGACCACAUACACACAUUUUACGGUGAGAUGCUGGAGCGCCGCUGCGGCACGUCGUUGCCGUCGUGCAUUGCUCUUUCCUACACCCACGGGUCGUGCCCGCCGGCACCCGAGCAGGAGUCCAUCUGUGAGAUGCUGAAACUUGGUGACCGCAAGUAA